AUGCCCAUGAGACCUGUCAAAGUCCGGGAUGUGUUUGACCAAAAACGAGCUCUCCCCCGAAUGUCAUGGUCGCCUGAAAACCUGUACAACCUGUGGCAGCGUACAACUCCCAAAGGUCCCCUCUACCGCGAAACAGACUGGACCCGAACCGCAAAUACCCUCUUUCAGCAACGAUGGAAGGCAAAACGCCUUAUCAGGGGAUACCACGGGGACCAUAUCGGAACGACCAAGUUUGAGCGGUGGUACUUGCCUCCCUCACUACCGUCUAUCCAUGCCUCGGCACAAAAGGCGACCAAGGCGGAGGAGCUCAGUCAGUGGGUCGAGGGAAGGGAAAGAGGGGGAGGGCGGAAUAGGGAUGAUCAGGAACGCGAACGGAGAGAGAGGGAGGCCAGGUCAGAGAGGGAUAUGAAGGUGCCGGUCGGGACGAUGAUGUUUAGGGAGGUGGAGAGGAGACUGGACGUAUUGGUGUUCAGGGCGUGCUUUGCGACGAGCGUGUGGCAGGCGAAGGGGCUGGUGACGCAGGGGCAUGUGAAGCUGAACGGCGAAGUCGUGACCAACGCCAACACAUUACUGAACCCCGGUGAUAUCUUCACCGUCGAAGCAUCGGCGAUCCCGAUGUUGAGCGAGAAGGCAGCCAAAGCCAAGGCGGACGCAAUACAAAUGGCGAAAGACGAUGCAAAGGCUGCUCGUCGGGGGCCCAGUGAAGGGGAAGAGGUGGCAGAUGAGGCUGUCGAGGCUAGUGAGGCGGAGACGGAGACAGAAGGAGGAGAAGCUGGAGCUUCAGCAGAAAUACCAGUCGAAAACGCCUCAGAGACACCAUCGGAUCCUACCUCUCCUGAGCAAGCCGAGCUCUCGUCCUCCGCCACCGAACCUACCUCAUCCGACUCUGCAUCCCCUUCACCUACCUCCACUCCCACCCCCGAGACCACCCCCGAAAAGCCCACCUCCUUCUUCACCCUCCCCCCCUUCGCCUCCCCGCACAUCUUCGUCCCCGCCUACAUCCUCCCCUCGUACCUCACCUGCUCGGCCGUAUAUGUGCGGCAUCCGACUGCUCGGCCCGGAUACUCAGAGAUCCCCUCGCCAUAUGAUGCGGGCGGGGAGGCGAUGAGUCUGGGAUGGGAGUGGUUUGUGAAGAAGGCGCCGAGAAUGAGGGGACGGACGGAGAGGUGGUUGGGACCUGAGAGGAGGAAUGAUGUCAAGCCGCACGAGAGGAGAGCUUAG